AUGCUAUCUAUCGUCUUUGUGACCUUCAUAGCUCUGGCUGUUGCCCAACGCACCCCUUGGCCUAAAUACGGCAACUGGACCGAGAACCUCAAUGGAUACCCAUACAUCCUCUCAGGCCCAAUGACCCUAGGAAAGAAAAUAGACUUCGAACUCGAACGAUGCCACUACGUCCUCAGACUCCUCAGUGAGCGCACAAGCGUCCCCAACAGCCAGAUCCCGCUCCCAACCCCAGCCUCCCUCUGUAUGGACAUCCUCGCCAAACGAAAGGCCACCAUCGGUGACCAGGGCUUUCUCGAGCUAUUCUCCAAGGAAAUCGAAUAUGCCAAAAAGUUCUGGUAUGAGGUCAACCUCAACUCCACGCUGAACGAUCCCGCCACCUGGAAAGGAGUCGAGUGUCGCGCCCUCGUGCCACUCCCCAACGUCAACGCGUGGGCUUUUUCGACCUGGUCUGCCUCGCCUCUCGCUGAUGCUGCUAAUAAUCGGGGCAACGCGGAGCACUACUUCAAAAAGUCGAACAGCCAGGGAGGUCCAGGUGUGGCCGCGACUUCAAGUAUUCUAGAGGGUUGGGGCGGCGUGGUCACCAACUUUAGUAUUCCCAACUACAGCAGGAGAACUUGUGCGCAGAGACAGAUGGUCCGGCCUCUGCCUGAGUUUCGGCUCAAGGCGUGCGGUGACAAGAAUCUUGUCGACGGCAAGAAUACCAGAUUCGGGGUGUUGAAUAUUGCAGCUAGGGAUGUCAGUGUGGCUGGGACGAGGUAUCUUGAUAUCUACGCUUCGGUGUGGUAUGGAAGUGGUAUUUCGGAGGAGCAUCUCGAGGCGGAGAGGCAGCAUAUCAUCAUUGAGAUUGUAAACCUGAGUUUGAAGGCUCAGGAGGAUAUUAAGAGCGGCCGGUUUAGGGUUCCCGCACCUCCAGCAUCUUGA